AUGCGUUUCUGCAUAAUUGGGAGCUGUGCCAGCGGAAAAUCGACGCAAAGUUGUUUGCUCACCAACCGCUUCGGUGUUGUGCACGUCGACAUCCGGGAAAUCUUGAUUCAGAAAGCGCACGAAGAUCCGGCCUGCAAGGAGGCUCUCGUGGAGCUGGAGGCGGGCGUUGAGUGGUCGUGCGAAGAACUGCUGAUCCAGCUGGUAGCUCAACGCAUCGCUGCUGCAGACUGCGCGCGCCGCGGUUGGGUCUUAGACGGAAUUCCGCAGACGGCUCGUCAGGCGUUGUUGCUGCGGGAGCACAAAAUUAUUCCCGACUGUAUUCUGCUGCUCGAGGCCCCUGAGGGCACUUUGGUAGACAGAAUAAAGAAACGCAAGGCAGACAGCGACAGUAAGUGCUCUGAGGGGGCGCAGGCAGACAAAAACCAGCAACAGAAGGACGCAGCCAGGCUAGUGGAGCUGCGGUAA